UUUCAAUUAUUUCUGGGUUGGUGUGAGACCAAAGAUGGCAGAAACUUUACGGUAAUACGGUAAUACCUGCCACCUAUUACCACUCCAGAAGUUAGAAGGGAGUUGGCCGAUCAUCUGCAUCAAAACCCAACAAAACUCUUUCAACCUUCAAGUCCUUCCCUCUGCCAACUUCCAACUUCAUAGGCGCCUCCUCGCUUUGGCGUUCCAUACUAUUCCAGUUUGAUUACAAGUUUUUCAAACAUGGAGAAAUCGACGCUCACCGGACUUCUCGAGCAUAUCGCCGGAACUUUCCCCUCCCGAACAGCCAUAUCCGUUUCCGGCAUGUUCGAUCUUACGCAUUCACGCCUUCACCACCUCGUCGAACGCGCCGCUUCUUCCCUCUUCACCGCCGGCGUUAGGCCUGGCGAUGUCGUCGCUCUCACCUUCCCCAAUACCGUCGAGUUUGUGAUAAUGUUUCUGGCAACUAUUCGGGUUAGGGCUACGGCUGCCCCGCUGAAUUCGGCCUACACGGCAGAGGAGUUCGAGUUUUAUUUGUCCGAUUCCGAGUCGAAGCUGUUGUUGAUUCCGAAGGAAGGAAACGAGGCGGCUCAAGCGGCUUCCGCCAAGCUCAAUAUUCCAGCCGUUACAGCUACACUUCCGGGCGCUGAAUCGGAGAUCGCUCUCUCUCCAGCUGUUCCAGAUUCGAAUCCGGAUUCGAUCUCGAAUCUGAUUAACGAUCCGUCUGACGUUUCACUGUUCCUACAUACAUCCGGCACCACCAGCCGCCCCAAGGGCGUUCCAUUGACUCAGUCUAACCUAGCUUCUUCAGUGAGCAAUAUUAAAUUGGUUUACAAACUCACCGAGUCGGACUCAACUGUAAUCGUUUUGCCUCUGUUUCACGUUCACGGGUUGAUUGCCGGGUUGUUGAGCUCGCUCGUAGCCGGCGGGUCCGUGACGCUCCCAGCUACCGGGAGGUUCUCGGCGUCGACUUUUUGGCCAGACAUGAACAAGUCCAACGCCACUUGGUACACGGCCGUGCCGACGAUACACCAAAUCAUUUUGGAGCGCCACCUCAGCAAACCCGAACCCGUUUACCCGAAGCUCCGCUUCAUCCGGAGCUGCAGUGCUGCUCUGGCGCCGUCAAUAUUGACCCGGCUGGAAGAAGCGUUUGGGGCGCCUGUUCUGGAGGCGUACGCAAUGACGGAGGCGACCCAUUUGAUGGCAUCGAACCCGUUGCCCGAAGAUGGGCCUCACGUGCCAGGAUCCGUCGGGAAACCCGUGGGUCAAGAGAUGGCAAUCCUGGAUGAGAAUGGUGUGGUACAGGAGGGAGGGACUACCGGAGAGGUUUGCAUUAGAGGAUCAAAUGUGACAAAAGGGUACAAAAACAACCCAGAAGCCAAUAAGUCAGCUUUUGAAUUCGGGUGGUUUCAUACGGGAGAUCUUGGAUACAUUGGUUCUGAAGGAUAUUUACAUCUUGUCGGCAGGAUCAAAGAGAUGAUCAACCGAGGGGGGGAGAAAAUAUCGCCCAUUGAAGUAGAUGCUGUGCUGGUAUCCCACCCAGACGUUGCUCAAGCGGUAGCUUUUGGAGUCCCUGAUGAUAAGUAUGGCGAAGAGAUAAACUGUGCAAUUAUUCCAAAUGAAGGAGCAAACAUUAAUGAGGAGGAAGUGUUGAAAUUCUGCAAGAGGUAUCUGGCAGCCUUCAAGGUUCCAAAGAAGGUGUUCUUAACUGAUACUCUGCCUAAAACUGCCACAGGCAAAAUCUUGAGAAGACUAGUGGCAGAGCAUUUCCUUGCACAAAUCUCCAUUGCUAAGCUCCCCAAGAUUAGUGUCUAAGAAUGUCUUCUUCGCCCCUCACCACCCAACAAAAAGGGGGUUGGGGCAACAUAUCGCCAUUAUGUACCUUUGCUAUUUAUGUUAGCCAAAAUAUUUCAUAAAACAAAACUGCAUGAAGUUAAUAUCCUUCUAACAGUUACCAUAUGGCGAACCUGUAAUGUAACAUCAUAUAUAUAUAUUUUUUAAUAAUAAU